AGUUAGUAGAUUCUCGGUGGAAAGAUGUUUUCAUUGGCAAGAGUAUUGAUCGUUACGGCCGCCGUCGUCGCGGGAGAUAAUGCCUUCAACGUCGGUAAUCUAGACUUUACGUUGAAAUUCUUUAAAACCGUUUACAACCAAUCGAGCAACUCCGUUGUGUCUCCGAUAUCGGUUCGUUUGGCACUCGCUGUCAUCCAUCAAGCGGCCGGGCCAUCCUUGAGUGAGACUAUUCUGAAGGCGAUCAACUUACCAAAUGAAUCCAAGCAACAGAUCGCCGAAGAUGUAGGCAACUUUCUACAAGCCAUUAAUAACGAACAGUUUCACGUUCUGUUCAAAGCCUAUAAAACAUCUGAUCCUCUUGAUCCUAGCUUCGAACGUUCCGUUCGAACCUUGUCCGAUUCAGAUAUCGAAACCGUAGAUUUUCGUGAUCCUGUAACCUUAUCGAAAACAGUGAAUGAAUGGGUUUCCAAUGCGACCAAUCGGAUGAUUCGGGAAUUUGUCGAAGAACAAAGCAUCGAUCCGAAUACGGAGUUCAUGUUGAUCAACGCGGUCGCGUUAAAAGCCCGAUGGGCUAGCAAAUUUCGACAGGAGAAAACCCGUAGAAUUCCAUUUCAUUUCGUCAAUGGAGAUCAAGAGGUGGACAUGAUGCAACAGGUAAUGACAGUUCCGUACAGGGUAACCGAAGACUUCCAGGCUGCUGAGUUGAUGUACAGCGAGGAUUCGGAUCUGUCGAUGUGGAUGAUUGUUCCACGGGGACGUGGAUCACUGGGGCAUCUCAUCCGGAUGCUUUCGCCACAGAUGAUCGAGAGUAUUCGACGGGGUAGUAAGACUGUUUCGCUGAAUGUGGAAAUUCCACGGUUUUCGAUCAAGAACGAAUUCGACGUCAGGCAGGUACUGCAGAACAUGGGCCAUGGUGGACUUUUCGAGCAGUCUGAUCUGCAGGUGUUUGCCGAAAGACGUUCGGAGUUUGACGAUAUGUUCCAGAGUGCAGCUAUCGUGGUGGAUGAAAACGGAACGGAGGCAGCAGCUGCGACAAGAAUCAACGUGAAAUGGCGUGUUGGACCACGACCCUUCCUCGCUCACAAACCGUUCAUAUUCAUCAUCCAGAAGCGUUCGACAAACACCAUUCUAUUCAUUGGACAAUACUCGAACCACGAGAACUAGAAUAUAGUUCCCCUGCGGAUACGGAUACAAACAGAACCUGAUUUGCUUUUCUUUUGUCAUUUUGUCGUGUUACUUGCAAUAAACGCGGAAUCACAGGUAGAGUGACUUUCACCUAAAAUCCUUCUAAAAAGUUAGAUAGUUACCCCUUCCAAAUUGCGUUGCAUAUUCAGUUUUCUUUUCUUUCCAAUUCAAUAACUUUCCUUAGGGAAGGGAGAGAACCCCUUCAUCAAGAUGCAAUUAGAAAUUUCGUCUUAGAAAAGGUUGACGUCGCGAAUUAAAAAAAAUGAAGAACCGUAAUAAUCGAAAGAGAAAGUAAACAAAUAUAAACUCUAAUUGU